GCUUUGCGGGCUCUGGCCAAAGAAGGCUCCCGGAGGUUGAGAGAUGGAGUCGGCGGCGGAGGAGUUGAUGCCGCGGCUCCUGCCUGUGCAGGACUGCGACCUCUCGGAGGACUUCGACCCCACCGUGCCCCCCAGAACACCCCAGGAAUAUUUAAAGCGGGUCCAGUAAGUGGGCGGCGGCCUGGCCGGGUGUCUGUGGGCGCCCCCUUGGUAGGUCGGGGUGGGGAGCGGGGCUGCUCCGGGGGGCAGAGGGAGCGGGCUGGGAUCGCCUGCCAGCCCCUUCCGGGGAACAGAGAGGCCAAUAAUGUUUCUCACUGCCAAGUGGACCCUCCUGCACACCUGGGCACGGCUGCUGCUGCUUCCAGCGUGCUUGCAGUUUGCAUAGAGCUGAUCAGGGCAAGUGCUUCUUUUGAUGGCCAGAUGUGCGUGCAGUUCUGUCGGGAUCGGGUCAUUUACUUCCCAGAGGCUGGCUGUAGGCCACUAUUUUUAUUUUUUAGCACAUUUCUUUUUCCUUUUCUUUCUUCCCCAUCCGCAUCCCAUCUUAGGAAACAAAACAGUUUUGUCUUCUUAAAUUUUGAAGUACAGGAACACAUCGUGACAGCCGCCAUAGCCACGUGCACAAAGUCCAAAAAUUCAGGCAGAUUCUUUGUUUUGAUACACACACACACCAAAGAGUAUCAGUACAUACUUCUAUACCCAGUUGGUUAGGAUCAGCUGACAGGGGCAGACUAUGGAGAUGACAACGGGCGAUGUUCACAUGUUGGAAUUUGGGGAGAUCAGUGCUCACUUUCCUUAUCAGCUGUGUGACAUGACUGCAGUGUUGUUACCUGGGAGUAAGCUCUGUUGAAAGCAUUGGGCCUUACUUCUGACUGCAUAGAUUUAACGUAAAACACAUUGAGCGUUAACCAAAAAAUGUUCAGCCAACAAGAAAAAAUUCAAAGAAUACUUAGCCAAAUAUUGUAACAUAAGACAAAAACACAACACUUAUCUUUUAAAUAGUAAUACAGUUUUCAGCUGUAGUUUGUGAAGCACAUAUGGAUAACGUUUCUGCUGCCCUUCUAUGUUAUGUUCUGGAUUAAUAGUUUUAUAUCGCAGCCUGUUCUUUUGACUGAUCAAAAAAGCCUAAAAAUAAAACAUUCUCAUUGAAAAUACAUAAAACAGCUCAAAGAGGCAAAAUUAUAUAAAAGAGAAGAAGGCAAUCAAGAUUCUCAAUGAAGCCCAGUUGAGGACAAAGGGUGGGAUAGAUUGUGACAAUUUCCUUAAGUAUUUCAGUGUGUCGCAUAUAGAAAACCUCAUUUUACAUGGUAAACUUACAGGGAAAUCAGAAGGCACUCCAAAUUUUAGACCCCAUUUUUGUUUUGUAGGAUUGAAGCUGCAAAAUGCCCUGAUGUUGUUGUGGCCCAGAUAGACCCCAAGAAAUUGAAAAAGAAGCAGACUGCGAAUAUUUCAGUAAGUUUUGAAGAACUGUAUCCAUAAACUUCUUGAGAUAAAAUAGUAAAGUUGGAAGCACUUGAGUCUGAUUGUUCUCUUGUUUUAAGAAUGUGCCAUGCUAUUGCAAUUUCAGGGUUUGUUUUGCAAAAGUAGACACCAUCCACGUAAACUGCCAAGGCUUUUGAGGGUUUUUCAGUCACAAAAUUGAACACCUUGCACCAGGCAUGUGGCUGGUGUUCUUGCAGAACAGGACUUGAAAUUGCAACAACAUGGUCCUGCCUUAAAAUGUAACUACUGGUAUGCUAAAUUCUUAACAAAGCCAUAUUCAUUCUUUCCUUUGUUAGCUUUCAGGAUGCCAACCUGCCCCUGAAGGGUAUUCUCCAACUCUGAAAUGGCAACAGCAACAAGUGGCACACUUUUCAGCCAUUCGACAGGUGAGUAAUGAUUACACACACCCAAUACAGUGGUACCUCGCAAGAUGAAUGCCUCGCAAGACAAAAAACUCGCUAGACGAAAGGGUUUUUUGUUUUUUGAGCUGCUUCGCAAGACGAUUUUCCCUAUGGGCUUGCUUCGCAAGACGGAAACGUCUUGCAAGUUUGUUUCCUUAACACCGUUAAUACAGUUGCGACUUGACUUCAAGGAGCAACUCAUAGAACGCGGUGUGGUAGCCUUUUUUGAGGUUUUUAAAGACUUUGGUGAUUUUUGAAGCUUUUCCAAAACUUUCCCGACACCGUGCUUCGCAAGACGAAAAAAAUCGCAAGACGACAAAACUCGCGGAACGAAUUAAUUUUGUCUUGCGAGGCACCACUGUAUGUUGUUUUUCCUGGUAUAUUCUAACACACUUCCUGAAUCUUCUUGUCAGCCUGAGAGAACUCCCAAAGAUCUGCAUUCUAAAGAUUUGGCCUCCCAAUAUUAAACAUGCUCUCAGAUCAACUAACUUUCAAGAGUUUUUUUAAAAUAGAAAGGAUCACAUUGUGUUGAUUUGUAUAAUGUUAUAGUCCUUAUCAAAAACAACAACCAAAUUCAGCCUGCCACUCAUCUCACUCUUUUUCCUUUUGAAAUAAGAUUUAAUUCUGUUGAGGUCUUUUUAACUGAUCAAUGCUGUAGUCAUUAGGUUUUAAUUAUAAAUCUUUCAGAGUGUGAACAAGCACAGGAAUCAUUGGAAGUCGCAACAUUUGGACAGUAAUGUAGCAAUCGUAAGUUGAAUAUAACAUAUUAACCGUGUUGUCAACCUGUUUGUUCCAUAAUACUUCAAUUCAGCCCCCUAUAAAUGCCUUUUUAAAAAUUUUGUUCUUGGGUCACAUUAUAAAUCCAAGUGUUGUUGUUGAGGUAACUGUGUUACUAAGUGAAAAUACAGGAUUGACUUUUUUGAGGGUAGAAUUUUCUUUAACCUAAUGGAAAAAAAACACCCCACAACAUUUAAAUAAGAAAAGUAAUUUGCCUUUUUGCAUUCUUCAGCCCAGAGUGGAGGAUGAAGAAGGCUGGAAAAGGUUUUGUCUAGGUGAAAAGUCCUAUUUAGACACAGCUGUUGAAGUAUCCAGAGAUGAAGAUCAAGGAAUUGAUUAUGUACAAGUGCGUAUUAACUUUGGACAAAAGUGUUGAAUAUCUAUUGUACAUCCUUGUUCAGAGUUCCUAGGCAUGUUUUUAUGGGCAUUUGACACUCUCAUUUAAUAAAGAUGUUUUUUAAAAAAAAACAUUGGGUGAUAACCCACUUUGUCCACCACAGAGAUACCUUCCACUGAUACAAUGUGACUUCUCCUUCCUCUCCUCCUUUGUACAGCCUUGCCCUGCACUUACAAAAUCUGCUCUGGGGUUUUGGGGACCCUCUGGAACAGAUUUGGAGAGGAGGCACAAAUGAAGGGGGUGUCUUGUUUGUUAUCACCCAUUGCCAGCAAAGUGCUGCUGUUUGAGUGCUAAACUAAUUCUGAUUUCCAUCAAAUACAUCUGUAUCCUACAAAAAUCCUAUCUAUUCUAAUGGAGUUUUUUUCUCUCUGCUAGAUUGGCUUUCCUCCAUUGCUGAGUAUUGUUAGCAGAAUGAAUCAGGUAAUUCUAUUUCUUUCACUCUACAAAUAUGGCUGAAACCAGUGAAUUCUUUAGAUUUAUACUGUCCACUUACUCAUAGACAUCCUACCAUCAUACAUAUUGCUUGUGGAAAGUUGCAUCCAGCUCUGAACUACAGUUUGCUAGUUAUGAUCUAACAAAAAAUUUUAUGAAAGUUUGUAGGAAUAUUUGUCACAGACAGCAACCUGAUUUUCAAAUUGGAUAUGCCAGUGAAAUAUAAAUGUUUAUGAUAAGACUGUUCAGCAGGGAUGGGGAAUUGGAUCUGCACUAGAGGGCUAGAUCCAGAAGUGGCUAGCCUUCUGCAGGACACUUUGAUAGGUGAUGGGGCCACUCACUCACCUGUCAAGUCACUUGAUGUCAUAUGAUAUCAGGUGGUCAAAAGUUUAAGCCGUGGCUGCAAACAAAGACACUUCCUUUGCAGACCAAACUUGAGUUCUGCCCUUUUUAAAUUUGGCACCUUUUUAGUGCCUCUGCAGGGUGAUGGGAGAAAGCAGCUUAUUUCAAAUUCAAGAAGCACCUAUUUUGGCUGCAGAAGAAGAUUGCCAACCUCUGAAGGCUAGUGGGCCUAAUGAGGCCUGUGGGCUAGACACAGGGUUUUCCAAACUUUGGUUUCCAGCUCUUUUUUGGACUACAGUUUCCAUCAUCCUUGACCACUGGUCCUGCUAGCUAGGGAUGAUGGGAGUUGUAGUCCAAAAACAGCUGGAGACCCAAGUUUGGGAAACCCUGGGCUAGAGGUUAUUUCAUAGCAGCAGCAGCAGAAUAAUAAUAAUAAUAAUAAUAAUAAUAAAAUUUAUUUAUACCCCGCCCUCCCCAGCCAAGGCUGUGUUGUCACCGCAGGGUGGCUUUGCAUGUGUAUUCAAAACAGGUUUAUUGUGAUCCAUUUAGCCAUUUGCUUCCUUGAUCCUUAGCAUUUGUGUAAGUCAGUCAGGAACCUGCAGCCCUCCAUGCUAGCUGGCGCUUAUGGGAGCUGGAAUCCACCCACAACUUGGGAGGACCAGAUUCCCUGCACGUGGUAUAAAAUAUCUAAUAUAGCUGUUACAUCUUUUCGAAUAAUGCAAGGGAUGUAUGGAAACACUAGCUGCAGAAAACCCUUCUUCAUAACUGCUUCUCUUGUUCUUAAAAGGCAACAGUAACCAGUGUCUUGGAGUACCUGACAAACUGGCUUGCAGAGAAGGAAUUUACUCCAGAACUGGUAACUUGCACUCUUUCUUUUUUGUUUUGUUUUGGAAGUCAAAGAAGGCAAUCUGGGAAGUUAGGCUAAAGAAAAAUAAUACAGUGGUACCUUGGAAGUCUAACGGAAUCCAUUCCAGAAGUCCGUUUGACUUCCAAAACGUUCGGAAACCAAAACGCGGCUUCUGAUUGGCUGCAGGAAGCUCCUGAAAGCUAAAUUUGGCUUGAGAAAACCACAUGUCUCUAUUUUAUGGUGACUGGGUUGCUAUGGAUCUUUCACAGUGGUAAUCCUUAGAUCAAGGUGUAUUUUGAUAAAACAAGGCAAUAACUAUUUUACUUAAGUGUUAAAUUCUUGUUGCAACUUUUGUUGAAUUUCUCUAGGGCAGAUGGCUUUAUGCGCUAUUGGCUUGUCUUGAAAAACCAUUGUUGCCAGAGGCUCACUCCCUCAUUCGGCAGUUGGCCAGACGAUGCUCUGAAGUGAGAGUCUUAGAAGUAAGAUGAAUCAACAAAUUAUUGUGGCAGAAAAGUAAUAGAGGAAUUUAUAAUCUAUGCUAAUUGCUCAUCGUUUCCUUUUCCUGUAACCAUCUGGGUUGUAUGAAAUGUGUGUUUUUUACAUUUUGUUUCUUUAUAUAUUCUGAAAAUGACAAUUCAAAGCAUGGCAGAAAAGAGAAUUUGGGGUACAGUGAAUGUUCAAAAUGCUGACAGUUCUUAAUUAAUUUAGUGAAUGCCUGAAUUUAGUGAAUCACCUGUUUUCAGAAGCAUAACAGCAAAUGCUGAUAACAUAAGAAAUUACUGUCACAUCCAGUGCAGUGUGUUUUGAGUCACAAAUAUGUUUGGGAUUGUUGACAUUUGCUGUAACAUACUACAUUAACUUCAUUUUUCUUCUGUUGCAGGAAAACAAGAAUGAUGAAAAAGUGUCUGCUCUGAACUUGUUAAUUUGUUUAGUUGGCAGGUAUGGCAUAGUUGCAUAACUAUUAAGAGCAGGUUCAAAGCUGCAAGCCACUGGGCCAGAUUUGCAGCCCUAAAGGAGAAAGAGCUGAAUUGUAAUUCUGUAUAAGGCUAUUUAAGGAUUGUAAGCUUGAGUCACUCAAUGGUCUGACAGAAGCUUUGGAUUUUUAAGUCCUGUAGUUUUGUGGCUUUCUAGGCUGUUUCAGUUUCUUUAUGCAGAUUUAGGGGGCAAAGUUCAGCCAUCACUCACCCUAUAAUCCAGCGCGAUGAGGCUUCUGGAUGGCUUAUAAUAUGCCCUGACCACAAGAACCACAUACAGUGGUACCUCGGGUUAAGUACUUAAUCCGUUCCGGAGGUCCGUUCUUAACCUGAAGCACCACUUUAGCUUAAUGGGGCCUCCUGCUGCUGUUGCGCCGCCGGAGCACAAUUUCUGUUCUCAUCCUGAAGCAAAGUUCUUAACCUAAGGUAAUAUUUCUGGGUUAGCGGAUUCUGUAACCUGAAGCGUAUGUAACCCGAGGUACCACGGUACUGUUUUUCAUAAAGGCUAUAAUUUGUCUGCUCCUCGUUUCCCCCUCCCUCUCGUCACUUCUCCUCAGAAUUGCUUGAGGAUGCCUCCUUAUUCAUCCGGGAUCAAUAGGUUCUGAUUCCUUAUCAAAAGUGUAUUGCAAAGUAGGGGCAGAGGGAAUGAAUAUCACAACAGAAUUAAAUAACUGUCACCUUUUAUAGGAUUCUUUCAAGUUGUUUUAGCCUUUAUUCACUACCAGUUUAUUCACUACCAAGGCAAAACCUGUUUGGAACCUCUUUGUUGUUAUAAAUCAGAGCUAAGGAACCUUGUUGAGACCCACAUUCCCUUGAAGGUAAUCUUUUGUGGGGCUGCAUGCCAGCAGGGACUACAAAUGCACAGGAUUAUUAACCUUAAGAAAAGCUGAGCCACCUACCACCCCGGCCUGUGUUCUUGAAGAAACAACUGAAAUUGGUAUAGUUUUUGCAUUCAUUUAGUACAUCAGUGUUCAGUUGAAGGAGUUUGAGAUACCCAAGUGUAUGUGUUGUGUUUCUUUGACAUUUUAAGUUUUUGUGUAGGCUUUCCUUAGCGACUUGUAUAACUUUUGUGGAUUCUUUCCCCCCAAUAGGUAUUUUGACCAGCACGAUCUGGCUGAUGAAGCAUCCUGACAAGUCUGGAAAGCAUAAAAGCAUGGGAUGCCAUUGUUUCUAGGGCACUAUGCAAGCCAGUGUUAUUAGCUAGCUCCUCUGUGACAAGUGUGACGAACAGCAGAGAUAUCCCAUCUUCCAGUGUGAUCUCCCUGAGUAGGGGGGGAAUUCUGUAGAAAAUGAAUAGUUGGAAUGUCUUUUUAGCAAGCGUGGCUGGAAAACUCAGCUUGGGAAAGGUCACCAACACAGUGCCUAAAACACUUUCUGAAGGACCCAUUUGCCUGCAGCUAGUGUGUGAUUGCAGUUCAUAUACCAAACUCCUCCUCAUUCAAGCUACACCAUGGAACAAGACUGAUUCUGUCAUUGAAAACCCUGCAGGACUGAAUCUGGCUAGUGUAAAGUUUUUAUAAUAUUAUGUUUUUAUAAAUAAAGUUAUUCAAAAGAG